UAACCAAACCCAUUUGGCGGCCACCGCGGCGGACGGUGGUGUCUAAUCGCCGUUUGUUGCCCUCAGUUUUUCCAUUCAAACCAGUGGGGCCCCAACCCGGCUCCCAUCCUGCUUUGUUUUCUUCAAAUUGGAUGCAUUUUUGUAUUCACUCGAGAACCCCAUGGCUCCACUCUCCUCUCCUCUCUCUCUCUCCUAACGGCUUUAGUUUGAAAAUUGAAAUCCCCCAUUUCUCUCUUCUUUCAAUACUUAUCCUCGCAACCGUACAGCGCCACAACAAAAAUCAUAUUCUUCAUUGCCACCAUCUUUUCUUCCUCCUUGAUUGUUAUGCUUGCUUAUUAUUGUUGAGGCAUUUCUGUUUUGAUUUUUGUUUGGAGUUCAAAGGAGAUUGGAUGUGCUGAUAUAGCUCCAAGGGUGUUGUUUUUUUAGGGUUUCUUUUCUGUUUUGAUGAUGGGUUAUUGAGAACGAACUCACCCACCCUACCCACUACCCACCUACCAGUUGAAUAUCAGGACCGACCACUCUCAUAUUAGCUAUGGCAACUGGAAGUCUUUAUUUCGAUGACUUGCGAAGUAACUCUGAGGUCAUUGAUUCUCCUCCACAAACUAAAGACAUGAUGGAUGUGGGGGAACAUGUUAAUGAGACCACCCCGAAUUCUUUAAAGCCUAAUACAGCAGUCUCUAGUAGUGUGCGUGAGCUAUUGGAAUGCCCAGUGUGCCUAAAUGCUAUGUAUCCACCGAUUCAUCAGUGUUCCAAUGGUCAUACGUUAUGUUCGGGAUGCAAACCUAGGGUACACAACCGCUGCCCAACUUGCAGGCAUGAGCUUGGCAAUAUUAGAUGUCUCGCUUUGGAGAAGGUUGCUGCUUCUCUUGAGCUCCCCUGUAAAUAUCAGAGCUUUGGGUGCGUGGGAAUCUAUCCGUAUUAUAGCAAGCUGAAGCACGAGUCCCAAUGUGCGUUCAGACCCUAUAAUUGUCCCUAUGCAGGAUCAGAAUGUUCGGUGAUUGGUGACACUCCCUACUUGGUAAAUCACUUGAAAGAUGACCACAAGGUUGAUAUGCACGCCGGGAGUACUUUCAACCAUCGCUAUGUCAAAUCAAAUCCACACGAGGUUGAGAAUGCCACGUGGAUGCUCACGGUUUUCAGUUGCUUUGGGCAGUACUUCUGUCUGCAUUUUGAAGCAUUUCAGUUAGGGAUGGCGCCAGUUUACAUAGCAUUCUUGAGGUUCAUGGGAGAUGACAACGAGGCUAAAAACUAUAGCUAUAGUCUCGAGGUUGGAGGGAACGGGAGAAAGAUGGUUUGGCAAGGCGUGCCGAGAAGUAUAAGGGACAGUCACCGGAAGGUUCGUGACAGUUUCGAUGGCCUCAUCAUUCAACGCAACAUGGCCCUCUUCUUCUCCGGUGGAGAUCGCAAAGAAUUGAAGCUCAGAGUCACCGGUAGGAUAUGGAAAGAACAGUAGUGAUUGUGUCAUCUCUAGAAUCUAGACAAAUGCUUUCAAUCCUAGGAUAGAAUUUGUUCAUUUGUUGCUCAAUGAAACUUUCUGGUCUUGUAUUUUUUGAACUUUCAGAAGCAAAUUCUGUUUGCUUGUCCACAAAAUACAUGACAGCCCAAGCUGCCUGGUUAAGCAAUAUAGUGUUUGAAUUUACUCAGUUAUGAUUCAA